AUGCGGUUGCUGAUGGUCGGCCUGGACAACGCCGGCAAGACGACCAUCGUGAAGCGGCUCAACGGGGAGGACAUCAGCACAAUCAGCCCCACCCUCGGAUUCAACAUCAAAACGAUGGACUUCAACGGCUACAAGCUCAACAUCUGGGACGUGGGCGGGCAGCGGACGCUGCGGCCCUACUGGCGAAAUUACUACGAGAAGACGGACGGCCUCAUCUGGGUGGUGGACUCUGCUGACCUGGCACGCCUGUCCGACUGCCGCGACGAGCUGCGGGGGCUGCUGCAGGAGGAGCGGCUAUUCGGGGCGACGCUGCUGAUUCUGGCCAACAAGCAAGACAUCCCCAGCGCGCUGACGAUACCGCAGUUGGAAGAGGUGCGCACAUGCAUGUGCAUGUGUGUUUGA